GCACAAAUUGAGUUUACAAAACUUAAAUUUUUAAAACAAAACAAAAUUUAAUUUUUUUGCACUAGAUUUCUUCUACAUUAGCUCAAGAAAGCUAAAAUUAUAGAAUAAUAAAAAAAGAGCAUGCAGCUGAACUUCCAGUGCGCUAUUUUUACGCAAUUAUGCUUAUAAAAAAAAUAGCUUUUUUAUUAUAUACAAUUGGAUACUUUAACGCAGCAUGCAGCAGUUUAUUUUAUGGAAAAUUAGUUCUAAAAACAUCAGCUUUAAACGCGAAACACUAUAGACAUAAACCAACAGUUUUUGCUACGCGUCGUUCUACGUAUUUAAAAAAAAAUGGGGAUGUUUUUAGAAUACACAUACCUGGUAUAGCAAGAAAUGCUACGCAUGAUUCUAUUUCCUUUGAGUCCGUCCGUUGGCCAGGUUACUUUCUUCGACACAGAAUUGUUAACAACGACUAUAAAUUCAGAAUAGCAAAACCAGCACAAGAAGACAAUGAUUUUGAUCGCGAAUCAACUUUUAUUAUUCAGCGUCACACCGGUAUUGAAGGCUCCGGAAUGUUGCGCUUGUUCCAGAAUCCUCAAUACUACUUAUGCGUUCGUAAAUAUAACAAUGCUGAUUCAGCUUUAAAAGCAAUGAAAAAUGAUCAUUCAAAAGACUUUGCGGAAAGGUGUUCUUUUUUUAUUCAAAAGUUAAGACCAGAAAACGUUGACGCUGCGGUACUAAAGUCCACGCUAAACAAAAAGUCUUUAAAGGUUAAAAAAAGCGAACAAAAAAAUGACAAACGCGUUAGAAAAAUACUCGAAGAAUACAUCAAAAAUAUCGAGAACAAAAAUUCUGCCCAAACAUAUAAUACGAAAAAGUUUCUUGAUGAUCUAAAACACGCGACGUUAAAAACAAAGCCUACAUUAACAAAAAAAGUUAGAAAGUUAUAUCCCGGGCUCUCUGCUGAAAGUUAUACUGGUAAUGGACUGUUCUCCCCACAACUAAACUACAUACCAACACAAGUUAGUGCCUUUUAUAGAAUACCUAAUUCUUACAGCUACAACUAUCCGUAUUCUUACAGAAACCAAUAUUAUAAUGAAAUUGAAAAUAAAAACCCAAACUUGCUAUCUUAUUUUCCUGUGGUUUCAAGAUAUGACCCAAUGCAAACCGAUGUUCGAGCAUUCUUUGGGAAAAAAGACUAUAUAAAGACAGAAAGGUUAGGAAAAGGGUAUAACAACCAGGUUGGAACAAUGUAUGGCACUUGGAAAAAAGAAAUUAAUCCUAGAAGUGUUUUGGGUAUGGUAAGCAUUGAUGAAGAUAGUGAGCGAAAAACUCAUCAAGUAAAACGAAAUAUUAUGAAAAUAAGCAAUUUUGCCAGAAAAACAAACAAGACUUUAAAACAGAGUUCUCUAAAUAUAAUUGAGAAUCAAACAUCGCUAUUUCCAAAAAAAUAUACAAACAAUUUACAAGAAACGAUAAAAAAAAAUGCAUCUUUAUUUAGCAAAAAAACUGAAUUUAAAAUUUUAUCCAAGUUAAACCGUCCAUUUAAUAGCACUGAAUUAAGUACUGCCGUUUUUGAUCAUAAAAGUAUGACCAAGGAAUAUAGCCUUGAAAAUAAAACAUUUUUAGGCGGGAAAUAUAUUGAAAACAUGUUCCCUGAACCCAUUGACGCGACAAAGAAAAAAAUUAUAUUAAAAAAUGACUAUAAUACAUUGUUAAGUGUGAACCAUUUCGACAGCAUUCCUUCUUUUGUGCGUCAAUUUAAUGGAAAAGAGAGAAGUGAAAUUGAAAAAAAUUCCGACAAUGAAAGAGAGGGUCAUCUCAUAGGUUUGGCUGAUGCUCUUGAAACCUCAGCAGCUUUGACUGUUGAUCGACUUAGCAAAGAUAGCUUAAUGAAAGAAGUUUCCGCUUUGGGUUUUAAUGGCCCAACGUAUAAUGAAGUAUUAGGAAAUCUUACAGCCGAAUCAGAAGCUUCAAACGAUGUUGAUAAUAAUAAAAAUCGUAACAGCGAAAACACGCAAAAUUCGACUGAAAAUUUACACUCAAGAAACGAAACAAGUAAAUCAAACGUUACUAACACAAACCAAGACUCUCAUAACUCAAGUAACUCAAACCUGGUGUUAAAUAUUACUCAAAUAUCAAUAGAAAAAAUGAGCCCAAAAAACAAUAGCUUUAACUCUUCUUCCGUUUUUAAUUUAGUCAAACCCGAGAAUAAUUUAUCUGUUCUUAAUAGUACAUCUGAAUUAACGCCAACAUUAUCGUCUAGCAUACAAACGUCUCUUAACGCAAAUAAAUCAAGAAUAACUGAAGGAAAAAUAGAAAAACAAAACUCCGAUGGUUUAACUAAAAUUUCGUCAACAAAUAACCAGAAAGUUGUUAAUGGGUCAAAAACUGAGCCUCAUCAAUAUUCUACAGAAAAUAUGAUUAAAAAAGAACCAGUCUCAAGUAGCUCGCCGCAAAAAAAUGUGGAAGCAGAACAACCGCAAGUAGUUUCAAAAGCUAAAAAAAAUAAUAAAACUAAGAAAGUUGCAAAAAUCAAAAAAAAAGCAAAUAAAAAAAACAACAAAUACAAAAAAAAUCAGCAUACUGUAAAUAACCAUGCAAAGUAUGGUACAGAAGAGUUUGGCACUGAGUUUUCUAACUCAGGUGACAAUGAAGAAGAAAAUGAAAUAACUGAUAAUAAUAAUGACGAUUACACAAUGUCGCACGAUUUUAAUUGGAACGAUUAUGACGAUACAAAGUUAAACGAAGAAGCCACUCCAAACGAACAUUUUACAACGGAUAGAGAAAGCAACGAAAACAUUGAAAAAAUGUCUCAAGGAGAAAAUUAUGAAAAUGUCAAACUAGAAAACCACGACAUACACGAUAUACCGAUGGAUUCUCACGAGUUAAGUCAUCAUACUGAUGGAGAACAUUCUGAAGGAGAACACUCUGAAGGAGAGCACUCUGAAGGAGAUGGCAUAACCUAUAACAAUAUUGAUAAAGCGAAAAAUAUGGUUGAACUAGGAUCAUUUGAAAUGAAAGGAAUAGCCAGCGCCAUGGAUAAGCUCAACAAAGAAGACGUUAAUCAAUUAAGAACAAAAAUGAAAAAUUUAGAAAUCAUUGACACAAAACAUCAAAAGGAACGCUUAAGUGAAGGAACGGAUUACCACGAAGAGCUGAAGUAUGUAGCUAAUGACGAGCCUAAAGUAGAAGUCAACAACCAUGUUUCUUCUUCUAUUCUUUCACCUGGAUCUAAUGAGGCAUUUUCAGAUACAGUGUCUAACAGCAAUGUUGUUGGAGAUUUUGGUUAUCAUCCAAGUGAUGAAAGACAAGAUGCAAUUCAUGACACCAUCAAUUCAUUAAGACAGACGGCAUCUAGAGAACCUGACAUUGUUGAGGAAGCCACUGCAGUUCCUUUAAGACUAUCUCCAUCUUCUUUUCAGCCUACAAUGGUUAAGAAAGAAGGCGAUCAAUUUGAACAGAGUAGCAACGUUGAUGCAGAAGAAAAUGUUGGAAAUUAUCACGAAGAGAAUGUAGAAGAUGAGCCCGGCAAUCAAAAGCUAUUUGAAACUAAAGGAAUUGACGUGGCCUCACGCUCAAACUUAAAUAAUAUUCGUCAAAGAAAACAAAAAUCCACAAUAAAGUUGCGUGGUGUUGCUCGUAGCAAUCUAGCAAUAGUACCAGUCAUCUCAGAUGAACUACAAAGUCAAUAUUUUCGUAAAAUUCAAACAAUGGAACAAGAUGACGCAACAAAAGUUACCAAGCGCGGAGAAAUUCAUAAAGAAGUUGAAUACGGGUCUGGAGACAGCUCUCACAAUUCUAUUAUUGAUUUACUGAAUUCAACAAUUAAAUCUGAAUCUACUGCUGGUACAUUAAACAAUAAUUUUUUAAAACCUUCUUACAGUAAUAGAGAAGAAACAGAGCCUGUAAAAAGUGAAAAUCUCGUUCGUCACACUCAUCAUAUACUUAAAGUAAAAGAUGAAGAAGAAAAAGAAGAAAUAGUUAAUGGUUUGGUAGAUUACAACAACGACAAAUGCGUAUCUCUAAAGCUGAGCAACGAACUCGGCUAUCGAUAUCGACUCAUUUCAUCAAUAAACAGUCAUGGUUAUUCUCCACGAGGAAAAUUUUUCACUUUAAAAACCGUUUUUAAAGAUCCUAGCGCACACAAGUUUGUUUUGUUCCACGGAGUUGAUGACGCGAAUCCAAAUAACCAAAUUUUAUUUAACGGAAAAAAAGAAAUUGUAAAGAUUCCAGAAAACUGUAAAAGUUCUCCUGAAAUAGUGCGCGUUUCAAGCUCACUAACAGAGCUAAGCGGAACAAAGCGGAAAAGAUAUCACAUACACCAUAAAGACGCACAAAAAAUCAACAAAAUAUUCAGAAAAAGUAGCAUUUUUUACCCAACAACUUUUACUAACGGAGAAGAUAAAGCAACAUCUUAUGAAGGAGAUGAUCAAGUUUACGCGACAAAUGUUAAAGAUUACACAAGAAAAAGUGCAGUGACAAGACCACCUGGUUCUGAAAUAUUUUACGGAAAACUUGUUUUGCGAACCGAGCCGUGGGUGCCUAAAAGCAUUCUUGCCGAACGACAUUUUAUUUUUGCAACACGCUCAUCGACCUAUUUGAAAAAAGACGGCGAUGUUUUUAAGAUUCAUAAUCCAGGACUUGCUUUGAACUCUGGAAUUGAUUCUAUUUCAUUUGAAUCGGUUCGCUGGCCAGGAUUUUUUCUGAAACACCGUGCAAAUGAAAAUGAUUUCAAAUUUCGAAUUGAAAAACCAGAUUUAAAAAAUAUUGAAAAUUUCAAAAAAGAAGCUACAUUCAUUGUGGAAAAGUAUAACGGAGUAGAAGGAUCUGGAUUACUCCGUUUGUUUGAAAAACCUGAUUGGUACAUAUGUGUGCGUAAAUAUGGGUUUCAAAACUCAGCUUUAAAAGCCAUGAAAAAAGAUAAUAGUAAAAGUUUUGAGAGAAGAUGUUCAUUUUUCAUUGAAAAGUUAGAGCCAGAAAUGGUCCAAGAUGAGCUUUCUAAAACAAUGGAGAAAAAUGAAGCAAUAAGUGCAGCAAAAAGAAAAACUGUUCAGAAACCUGCAGUGGAAAUCCGGCGCCUUUUAGAUGAUUAUGUAAGUAAUGGUAGAAACGAACUGGUCAAAGAUUAUUUGCAGCACACUCUUGUUCAAGAAUCAAAACGCGAUUAUGUUAACAACGUUAGAACGAAAAAGUUCUAUCGUCCACUGCGUAAUAAUCCUGCUCUAACUGCUAAAGGAAAACAAUGGUGGGAAGAAAGAAAUAUUGAUGAAGAAUCUAAACAAUUUCUUGAAACAAAUCAAAGAGAUUCAGAUAACGAGCAUGUUGAGAGUAUACAAGGUUCUUUAAUUGCACCGAACUUACAGGAUACCAGUGUCUUUCAAGAAACAGAUCAUUAUAACAUUCCUAUUCGAAAUUUUGAUAAUAUGGAGAGCUUAACUAAAAAAGUAAAUUUGCCUGGUAGACUUGAUAGCUAUGUGUUUAAAAAAAUACCUUUCGUAAACGAUAAAGAAAAUUUAGUAAAAGAUAAUCAAAUAAUUCAGAAAUACACGCGCCUACAAAAACCGAUCCAUAAUUAUCUUCACGGUAUGAGAAGAGAUGUAGUUCCUGGAACUAAAAACAAUCAAGCUAGAUUACUAUUUCCAAAUAAAGUAAACUCUGAAAGAGGCGAAAUAGCAUCUUUGUAUUUGAGUAAAAAUAGAGAAUACAACCUCAAUGAUCAAUCUGAAAGUAUAAAUAAACGUGAAAAUGUCUACGUAAACAAAGACCAUAUACCAAGUGUUUAUAAAUCUGAUUACAGUGGUAUUUCUAUAAAAGGUUCAACCAAAAAAGCAGCCAUUAAAGUUAAACCAGAGCAUGAACUCAAACAGAGAAAACUAAAGAAACACAAAAAUCAUUCGCCAUCAUUCACCAAAACACAUUUUGUUAAAAAAGCAACAUCGAAAAAGCAUUCCAUUCCAUUGGUCAUUUACGAUGACGACGUUAUAACCAUUGAUAAACCUUCUUUAAAAGACAAAGUAGACGUUGUUGACUACGAUGAAGUGUUAAAAACACCAAAGCUUCAUGUAAAACAUGUGUACGCAGAUAGUAAUGGUCACGUGGAAGGUUAUUCGCCUGAUUCUUUGGUACGUAAAUUAACCUCACCGUCCAACAGCUUAUAUGAGCUGAAAAAACUCGGCAAACAUGUUAAGCUGGGUCAAAAAUGUAAAAGAUCUGGUACAGCAAUAAUAGAUGUGGCAGAGUGUGAUGAUGACGACCCUUAUUCUCAAAUAGGAAAUGAAACAAUUCACUUAUUAGGUGGAGAAGAAGAAGGAGCAGCUGAAAACUUGACUGCUUUUAUCGAGCAUGAUGAAGAUGACAGAGAUCAAAAACCUCAAAGUGAAGAUCCGAUUGAUAGUAUUACCACCGAGACAGCUGAUGAUGACAAAGAGAGUGAAACAGAAGAAAUAUACGGAAGACACCACCAUCAUUCUAAAAAUAACUUAGUAGAAAACGAGGAAGAAGAUGAUGCUGAAAACGAGGAGUCUGAUGAUGAAGAAAAAGAUCAUGACCAUGAGCAUUUACAUAAUCAUUUACACCAUCAUCACCAUCAUCAUCGUCAUCAUAACAACAAUGACAGUACCCAUGAAGAAGAAAGCGAAGAAGAAGAAGAGGAAGAAGGAGAAGGAAAAGAAGAAGAUCAUGACGACCACAGUAUUGAAGAAGAUCAUGAGACCGUCACUCAUCGUAAUGCUGAAGACGAAAACAACGAAUACGGACAGAAAAUGUAUCACGACGAAGAACAUGAAUGGGUUGAUGAAAAAGGAAAUACUCAUUUUUAUACGUAUGAUGCUUGGCAGCUAAAACUGCAAGAAGAUAAAAUGAAUGCUCAAAACAAAACUAACUCCAUAGUUUCUGCAUCAUUUAAUCCAGUGAGUUCCGCAGCAUUUAAUGCAUCAGAUAAUGCAAAUUCCUCAAUAUUGGAUAAAACAACUAAACUUGAUCUUAAAAAUAACAACACUGAUUUAAAAAGCAUAACACUCCUCAAUUCUUCAACUAUCAACAAUACAAAUAGCAAACUUACUAACACUUCCAACGAAAAUGUAAAUGAAAGCACUGUUAAUAUGCUUGAAAGCUCAAGUUUAACAAAAUUAAUUUCAGAGGAUAAAAAAAAUAAUAACAACUUCACUAUAGGUAAUACACUAAAACCUAAAGUUAUUGUUAAAAGUAACUCAUCAAAUAAAAAUGAAUCAAUAAGUAAUAAUAACCUUAAAAUAACAGAUGAGACUGUUCAAAAUGUGUCAAAUACAUCAAAACCUGACCAAAUAAUAAAAUAUGUCGAUGAGAAGCUUCCAAGCAAUUUUCAAGAUUCUUAUUCUUCUCAUAAUGUCCCGACGGAGUCGUUAAAACAAAAUAACAAAACAGACAAGAUGACGAUCGAAGAAAAAACCUUCUCAAACUAUACUGAUCUGAGUCAAGUAAACCGAACCGACGAUUUAAAAGCAAACAUGACAAAAGAUUCUAUCAAAUUAAAAAACCAAGAAACUAGUGAGGUUAAAACAAAUAAUCUAUCUGAGAUAAAAAACAAAAAAGUUGUUGAAAAGAACUCGAAAACUGAAAAUAAUCAAAAUGCUCAGUCAAGUUAUAAGGAUAAAUCGGAUUAUAGCCAGCAUAUGCACGAAUGGAAAGACGAAAAUGGAGAUAUGCAUUAUUAUACAGAGGAGGCUUGGAAAAUGAAAUUAGCAGAUGACAUGAAAAAAUCUGUCAAAACCAAUGACAAAAAUUCGUUAAAAAACUCAUCUCAAGAUGAAGCGCCUAAAUUUAACAAAGUUCAAUCAGACAUAGACAACAUAACCCUCCAAUCAAACAAAUUCGCCCAAAUUCUCCAUUCUGAUAUCAUCCCUUAUGAAAACAAACAAAUACCUUUAAAUUCCUCUGAAGCUUUAGUUAAAAACAUAAUCAUGAAUUUUAUUUUAAAAAAACCAAUGUUGAAAAAAAAAGGUGAACAAUUGUCAACACUGUUAGCUGAAGGUUUGAGCAAACAGCCACUGUUUAAUCGCUCUUCUUUGGAUACUCAAGAACGAAUGUUAAAGCGUUUGAAAAAUUUAACGACAACAGAGCUAAGUUUACUUUACCUCAAAAAGCUGAAAUCAAAAGGAACACUGGAACCAAAACUCUCAGAACAAAAUGAUCUUAAACCAGGAGAGGUUAUUCAAGGAAUUGUUAAUGAACUCACAAAAAAGCAAACAUACCCUAUAACCGAAAGUUUUUCGAAUAAAAAUGAAGUUCAAAACGGAUUUUUUAAAUUAGGAAACAGAGAAGAAACUAUUAAAUGGAGCACUAAAGUACAUUCUAAAAGUGGAAUGAAAACAACUGUUACCAAAUCAAACCAUACAAAAAUCUUGAAUAAGUUUCGCAUUAAGUCUGCUAACCACCCGGUAACCGGCGCUAACCAUAAAAAGGAAAAAAUGGUGAUAAACAAGAACUUUGAAUCAAAUAAUAAAAAAAAGUCAAACACAAGUCUAUCAAAAAAGCAUCUUUUAAAAAGUUCCAAUUUUGAAUCAAAUGAAAAAAACUCUUUUAACGUUGUUAGUAAGUUUAUUGAACAAAGUAUGACUGAUGUAGAUCCGUCAAUUUCGGAAGAGCAUAAAAUUGCAGACCAGAUAGAUAAAUCUUCAAAAGAAAUAAGCAUAGAAAAAGCAAAUGAAAAUAGUUUUGAAGAAAAUGUUAAGGAAAAUAUAAACCGUGAACUAAACAACACCAAUGUUAAUCAAACUCUACAUAACUCAGACGAAAACAAUUACAUGACAGAAAGCGGAGAACCGGUGGAAACAAAUACCGGAACAAUUUCAAAAGAAUACAAGACUGAAUAUGCAACUCGUGAUGAGAGCGCUGUCUUAAAAGAUAACACAAUUCAAUUUAAUAACAACUCCAUAGUUAAACAUCAAUGGAACCAACCUCAAGAGCAGAUGCAACAGCAAUCAUCACAACAACAACAGCAAAAUAUUAAUCAAGCUCAAAUAAAUCUUGCCCCAGCCUUGAAACCUGAAACUUUGAAAGACAUUCAUAUUUUUAAAGCAGGCAAACCUGAACCUCAUUUGGAAGGAUUAAAACCUAAAGAAAACCAAAAAAAAUUGGAGUACAAAGCAAAGAAAAAAAUUAAAAAAAUCAAGCAGAAUAAGUUUUUACCAACCCCUUCAAACUCAGUUAAUCCAAUCUGGUCAGUAAAUUCUUUUGACAAUUCAAACAAUAAAAGUACAAAUGAAAACUUUCCACAAAGUGUGAAACAUGAGUUAAAUGAAAUAGUUUACAAUAACAAAUCGAAUAAAAUUAACAAAUAUUCUAAUAAAUUGUCUCGUACAACUUCUUUACCAGUCAGUUCAGAUUCCGUUAAUAUAAAAGAAACCUUGAACCUUGAGUCAAGUGAUCCAGAUAAAUUAUUUAAACAGCUUGAAAAAAGCACACAGAUGCUAAAAGACCGUCUUCAUGUAACUAACGAAACAAUAAAAACUAACUUUUCAGAAGCUCCGAGUAGCCAGCUAAAAGAAAAUGUUUCGGAAAAACCAAAUGAUCAUACAAAAUCAGAAAAUGAAGAAGCGGACGUUUUAAGCGAAAGUGCGGCACUUGUGAAAUUAGCCGGUUUAGAUGACUUUGAUGAAAUUUCGGGUAUUGAAGAAAGCCAAGCCAGUUCUAUUAGCGGAACAAGUAACGAUGAUGAUAACUUGCUUUCUGAAGGUUCAGGAAAAAAAUUAUUGUCAGAACUAACGGAUAGCAAAAUUAAAGCAAAUAUAAACCUAUUAUCGACUGAAAAUAUUGAAAACCAAAAUAUUCAAAAUCAAGAUAGCUCAUUAAUUUUGACCCCAAAAUUGAAAAACAAAUCAAAUGAAAAUAAGGCAAAUCUUGACAAAUUGGCUCGUUUUGCCUCAGAUAUUUUAAAAGUACAUCAGAAUAAAGAGUUAACUGAUGAUAAAAAUAGCGAGAUAAAUAAGUCAUCACUUACAGAUUUACUAUCUUCUGUUCUAAAUUCUAGUGAAAAAGAUAAUUCUUCACUUGUUGCACAAUCGAAUGAAAAAAAUAAAGAUAAUGAUCUAUCUUUAAAUUUUUCAAAACCAAAACUCAAAUUCAAUGGUCAAAGCUCUGAAAAAAUAUUGCUCGGACCUAUUCUGCAAGAGGCUAAAAUAAAACACUUAAGUAUAAAAAAAGAAAAUCCUAAAAAAGAAAAUUCUCAAAGCAACGAAUCUCUUUCAAUUGAUGAUGACGAUACAAAAGACAUGAGUAGUAUAUCGCAAGCUCUAGAUGAAGUAAUGGUAAAAGACGGAGAAAAUAGCAUGAAAACAUUAGAUUCAAUUGAUAAAAGCGCGCAGGAUAUACUAAGUGAAGGGAGCGGAGACUUUAAAACUUUAAAUUUGAAUUAUGAUAAGACAAGUAACGACGCCAGCCUACAAGAAAAUGACAAAAUAAAACAUGAAGAAAAUUCAUUACACAUGAAAACUAUGCUACCAAGUCCAAUAACAACACCACAAAGGCAAACAGAUAAAGAAUCUAUAGGAUUCUCAGUUCAUAAAAACCUUACAAGGAACGGGAAAGAAAAGAAAGUAAAGGAAGAAGCGGCACGAGAUGAUCUUAUUCACGAAUUUCGACAACUUUUAAAUCUUGCAGAACAAAAAAAUUCCGAACUUUUGCCGACAGAUUCAAAAGAUAAAAGUUCUUCAUCUUUAAACAACCUAAUACAAAGUACCAAUGCGGAACAAGAAGAAACCAAUGAGAAUAAAAUUGAUCCAAACGCUAAGUUCACAGAAACAAAUAUAGGAAACACAGGGGAUGAAGGAGAUGAGCGCGAAGGAGAUCUUAAAUCUUUGCACAAUAAAGGUAAUUUAGAAGAAAUGGAAGACAACGAUUCAUUCCAUCAACAUAGAAUUGUAACAGUAAAAGAUGAAGAGGAAAAGGAAAGAAUGGUGAACGGACUUGUAACUGAGAACGACCGCUGCGUCUCAAUUCAAUUUGAAAAUGAACUUGGAAAUCGCUAUAAGUUGGUAUCGUCUAUUAACAACCAUGGUUACACACCACGUGGAAAAAUAUUCACACUUAAACAAGUAUUCAAAGACCCUCGAGCGCAUCGUUACGUUUCGUUUCACGCAACCGACGAAUCAGAUGCAAAUCGUAUUGUGUUGUUGAACGGCGCUAGAGAACUUGUUGCAGUGCCUGUAUCUUGCCGCUAUAAGCCUCGAAUUAUCCAUGUCACGAGUCAUCAAUCUGCUAAAUUGACAAAUUUGUUUAAAAAAAAUGGCGUUUCAAAAAAAAGGACUAAAUCUUUGAAUUCGCCGUUUGAUAAAGAAAAUGAAGUUGCAAUGUGUUCCUCUCGAUGUACCGAGUAUUGUCUUAGCUCUUGUCCAAAUUACUGUUGCUCUGCGCCAGUUAUCAGUAAAGAUCAGCAACAAUUAUUUCCUGGACAAAAACAAAAUUCAAACCCUUUUGAUGAAGAAAUGAAUGUUUUAUCUGCAGGUGAAGAAAUCUCCGAUAACGCAGGAGGAAUGGAAACAGAGGAUUUAGAUCGUUCAUAUUCACAAGAUAGCAAUUCUGAUAGUCAACAAGAUCGCUGGUGGUGGUAAUAAAUUGCGUAAGUAAGUAAAUACGUUUACAGAUUGCCAACAACUUGCGUUAUCUGUGGUAUUGAAAGUAGUAAACGCAUCAUAUAAAGUUUAUAAAACAGCUAGAAUUAAUCUCAAUCUACUGUCCAAUCACAGUUCUAGAUCAAAUCAUUAACAAUAAAAAUAAAUGUUUUUAGGAAUCAAUAAAAUGGUUGAUAAAGAGGAUAUACAAUUGUUUCUACGAAUUUUAAUACUAAAAUGUCAUAACAAAUGUUAUAAAAACUCUUUUAUUUAUUUAUAAUUAUUAUUUUUUGUAAAAUAUUUUGUUUAAUAAAAUUAUUUGCAUAAAGUCGUAAUAAAACAUAGACCA